UGAGCCCAACCGCCACGGCAUUCACUCUAGUUCCGAAACCGUUUGCCGUGACACGUGCGAUUAGUUCGCGAUCGUUCGUUUUCGUCGCCAUCCAUUUGAAGUGCCAUUCUCUGAUCAGCGUUCGCUGUAAGACCAACGGAUAGAAGAUCCUUUUUCUCGUAUUACGUCGAGCUAUCUAACAACCUACCAAAAUGUGCGAUGAAGAUGCUGCCGCUCUCGUUGUCGACAACGGAUCCGGAAUGUGCAAGGCCGGUUUCGCCGGUGAUGACGCCCCACGUGCCGUCUUCCCGUCCAUUGUUGGCCGCCCACGCCACCAGGGUGUGAUGGUCGGUAUGGGCAACAAGGACUCGUACGUCGGUGAUGAGGCCCAGUCCAAGCGUGGUAUCCUCACCCUGAAGUACCCGAUUGAGCACGGUAUCAUCACCAACUGGGAUGAUAUGGAGAAGAUCUGGCAUCACACCUUCUACAAUGAACUGCGCGUUGCCCCAGAAGAGCACCCAGUCCUGCUGACUGAAGCCCCACUGAACCCGAAGGCUAACCGUGAGAAGAUGACUCAGAUCAUGUUUGAGACCUUCAACUCGCCAGCCAUGUACGUUGCCAUCCAGGCUGUUCUGUCCCUGUACGCCUCCGGUCGUACCACUGGUAUCGUUCUGGAUUCCGGUGAUGGUGUCUCCCACACCGUCCCAAUCUACGAAGGUUAUGCCUUGCCACAUGCCAUCCUCCGUCUGGACUUGGCUGGUCGCGAUCUGACCGACUACCUGAUGAAGAUUCUGACCGAACGCGGCUACUCCUUCACCACCACCGCUGAACGUGAAAUCGUUCGCGACAUCAAGGAAAAGCUGUGCUACGUCGCUCUGGACUUCGAGCAGGAAAUGGCCACCGCUGCUGCUUCCACCUCCCUUGAGAAGUCCUACGAACUUCCCGACGGUCAGGUCAUCACCAUCGGUAACGAACGUUUCCGUUGCCCAGAAGCCCUCUUCCAGCCAUCCUUCCUGGGUAUGGAAUCGUGCGGCAUCCACGAAACUGUCUACAAUUCCAUCAUGAAGUGCGAUGUCGACAUCCGUAAGGAUCUGUACGCCAACACUGUCCUGUCUGGCGGCACCACCAUGUACCCAGGUAUUGCCGAUCGUAUGCAGAAGGAAAUCACCGCCUUGGCUCCAUCCUCCAUCAAGAUCAAGAUCAUUGCCCCACCGGAACGUAAAUACUCCGUCUGGAUUGGUGGAUCCAUCUUGGCUUCCCUGUCCACCUUCCAGGCCAUGUGGAUCUCCAAGCAGGAAUACGAUGAAUCUGGCCCAGCAAUUGUCCACCGCAAGUGCUUCUAAAUUAGUUCGCGUCUAGCGCAACUAAAAACAACCAAAGAUCUAUACACCUAGACCCAUAGUAUUAUUACCACCGAUUGAAUUGAAAAGCGGCGUAAUUGGUAAAGACUUUCGAAAAAAAAAAUGUAGUAAACUCAUAAUUGGAGAAAUGAGUUCCACUUACAAGCUUUCAAAAAGCUGUUGCAGUGGAAUUCAUGAAACUUAGGAAAGACAUCCCUUUUUGUGAUAAUCGUCAAACUAAAUUGGUCGUACUUUUUUAAUAUCCUGGUAUGAUUUCACAUCAAAAUUAUUCAGAGUGAUCUCAUAGUUAUCCGAAUGGAAGAUGGUACUCUUUUUAUAACAUGUAACAAGAAGAUUUAAUUAUAAUUAUAUUUAACAAUUGAUUAAUAAACAUAAGAUCCCUUUUGUAUAAUAAUAAA